AUGUGUGGCGUCCUGUGUGUCUAUCAUUCUUUUUGAUAAUUCAUAAAAUCUGUAUUUCUUGUUUUGUUAUUGUUUAGAAUAAUUGCUACAAUUAUAUUUAAAAGUAGUAUUUAUUUAUUAUUAGGAGUGCGCUUUUUGACGAAACAUCUCUUUAACAAAUAUGGACAGAAAUAAUAUUAGAUCUAAUUAUGUCAACAACGGGCCUCGGUCUCUGCCUCACAUGGGUAACAAAAGACACAACGGCAAUCACAAUGGCUCUCGACUGAGUCCCCCUGCACAAAUGCCUGCCACCAACACAAAUAAUAAUAAUAACCAACAUGAUGAUCUCAUUAAUUAUAUAUUUGAAUCUUGGAAUAAGGUGACCCGCGAACUAGACCGAGGUAGUGAAGACGCGAAAUACUAUCAGGAAGUGCUGGCUCCGCAUCAGCUUGCCAACUUUAGACCAUUCAAUCUCGAAGAGUACUGGGGUCGCCGCGUAGUACAGAGUGUCUCUCGUAAUAAGCACCGGUCUUAGUCUAUUAAUAAAAUAAUAAUAAUAACUCAUUGUUACCAUACUUAUCGAUCCCAUUUGACCCCAAAUUAAUAGAUUGCUCAGUGUUCAAUAUGUAGUGUUGUAUGAAAUUUCAUAUACCAGUAAAUAGUAUUUAGUACAAAGUUUGUGCGUGCAUAAUUAUAAUUGCUAACAAUAUCCUUAUGAAAUAUGAAUUCCAGAUAAUCCAGAUAUACACAUAAUUAUAUGUAUCCACAAAAUGAAUUUACUGUAUAAUAAAGGAGACUUAAGGUAAUAUAUUAUAUAAUAACUUAAUAAAACAAUCAUCUGUCUUGCACAAAAUUUGUCACUGCUUGGUACAGUAAUAUGGAUUAACUUUGUCAUUUAAUCAAGUAAAUAUUAAAAAAAAAAAUAAUUGUAAUUUAUGUUUGCAGAUUAUAAUAAUACAAAGAUUAUAAUUAUAGAUAGGCUGUUUAAAUAUUAGACCAGUAGAUAUGUAGUAACAGUGGGUUAUUAUUAGUUGUAAUUUUGAUUUAGGAAUUUGACAUUACUAUGGCAUUUAAGUUGCAAAUUCUGUUGAAUCAUUUUUAGAGCUAUUCCAUACCCAGUUCCAUCUAUGUAACACAGUUAAAAUGGUAACCAGCAGUCCUGGCAUGGCCACAGUAGAAAUGCCAAAGUAUAGAAACACAGCGGAGAUAAACUGAAGGUACCGUUCCUAUCUUUAUCGCGGCUAACCGCGACCGACAAA